UGUGUGCGCUUUUUCAGGGACAUUCCUGUGGACUUCAAGUACAUCGCCGAGCCCCAGCAUGCACUCUAUGCCAGCUGUUACACUCUCACCCAAUGGGAAGUGGCUGGCCUGCCAGUCCAUGGACAACCAGAUCCUGAUUUUCGGCGCCCAGAACCGCUUCCGGCUCAACAAGAAGAAGAUCUUCAAGGGACACAUGGUGGCAGGGUACGCCUGCCAAGUGGACUUCUCCCCCGACAUGAGUUAUGUGGUGUCGGGUGAUGCGGACGGGAAGCUGAACAUCUGGGACUGGAAGACCACCAAGCUGUACCACCGCAUCAAAGCGCACGACAAGGUGUGCAUCAGCGCCCUGUGGCACCCCCACGAGACCUCCAAGGUCAUCACCUGCGGCUGGGACGGACAGAUCAAACUCUGGGACUAGACGAGGAGGGAGACGUCGAGGAUGGUGGGAACGAAAGAAAGGGAGAGAGAAAGAAAAAAAAGAAAGAAGGCUACGGAUGGAUGAAGAGAGAAAGGGGGAUAAGGAGAAGAGCACAGAAAGUGAAAGAAAAGGCUGCGGAGGACUAUGAUGAGAAACAGAGAUUGAUUUGCAUAAGGAGACUUUCUGUUUUGUUUUAUUGGUCAUGGCAUCCUCUAGCAGGUGCCCCCUAGCCAGGAGCCUGGUUUUUAUUUAUCCUCCUCCGCUCAGCCCACCUUACUGGCCUUUAGUCUGUCCCUGUUUUGGCUCACUCCUCUCAUUUACUGCUCCUGGUUCCUCUCUUCCAUUCUCCUGUUCUCUCGGUCCUGUGGUUCCUCCUGUUCUCUCGGUCCCAUGGUGCCCUCUCUGGAGUCUAAAGUCAGAGGGGUUUACAGGGCUGGCAUCCAGUUCUGUAGUCUGUAGUUAAUUUUACCCCCUCGUCUCUUCCUCUCCAUCGGCCACACACACACACAAACACAAACAAACACACAAACGCGUGUGCGGAGGGGAGGAGUUGGAGGAGGAGGGGGAAAAGGCUAUUUUUAGGGUUUUGUCUUGUUUGGAUGUUUUUGUUUUAUUUUUUAUCUGUUUUAUUUUCUCUUCAAACAGCAGCUGAUCACGGUCUAAAUUCACAGUCUCUCCUGUCCUCAGAUGACACACACACACACACACACACACACACACACACACACACACACACACACACACACACAACCAGACUGGACUCUGCUUAUGCCAAUAAAACAUUUUGUACAUUUACCUUAA